AUGGCUAACAAAUCGCAUACACUUUUGGAAAUAUUCCAAGAGAUUUUGGCUGCAUCUGGCAAUGCUUCAGAUAAUAGUAUUAAUGAGACCCAGAUCGUGUCUGUGCUGCGGGAGCAGGCGAGCCGUGGUGCCAGUGGGAGUGAGAUGGAGUCUCUCUUAGUGAGGAUGAUGAAAGACGCUAAGAGCAAACUCAAUUUGACCUUGAAACCCGACACUUGUGGCUACUGCGAAGGUGACUUCAGAGACAUCAUUAUGGCGUACAAUGGAAUCCAUGGCUAUGUUAGUUUACUGGUUUGCACUAUAGGAGUAUUGGCCAACACAAUGAACAUUGCUGUGCUGACGAGAAGAGACAUGGCUGCCGCUCCUAUAAACCGACUCCUCAAAUGGCUGGCUGUUGCUGAUGUCUUCGUGAUGAUUGAAUAUGUACCCUUCGUUAUUUAUAGACAUUUGGUCCUGCCGGAAAAAUUGGAUUUCCCGUACUCGUGGGCGAUGUACCUGCUGUUUCAUAUGCACUUCGCUCAGAUACUGCACACCGCGUCUAUAUGCCUCACCCUGUCACUCGCUAUAUGGAGAUAUUUGGCUAUAAAGUACUCAGACAAAAGUCAUAUAUUGUGCACGGAGAGGAGGUGUAGCAUCGCAAUCUUAACGAGUUUCAUAUUGCCUCCUAUAUUGUGCGCACCUACUUUCAUGGUUUUCGAUAUACACACGAAAAACGUGACUGACAAAUUUGGCAACCCAGACAUUGCGUACCAUGUGGACUCAGAUUACCAAGGGACAUUGUAUCAAGCCAAUUUCUGGGUGCACGGUGUCGUCAUCAAACUGCUGCCCUGUUCCAUACUCACAGUGAUCAGUAUCUGGCUUAUACGAGCGCUCUACAAUGCGAACCAGCACCAGAAGAAACUAAGGAACUAUAACACCUGUCCCGCUGCUGAGAAAAUGGUAAAAAGGCAGAACAAAGCAGACAAAAGAACUGAUAGAACAACGAAGAUGUUAUUAGCUGUGCUACUGCUGUUCCUCGUGACGGAACUGCCUCAAGGAAUCAUGGGAUUGAUGAGUGGUCUCCUCGGGUGGUGCUUCUUUAAGCGAUGCUACGAUCUGUUUGGGGAGCUGAUGGACUUUCUGGCGCUGUUGAAUGGAGCUAUAAACUUCGUGCUGUACUGCUCCAUGUCGCGGCAGUUUCGGCAGACGUUUAGGCAGUUGCUAUUACAGCCACAUCUUGCGAGGUUCCUGCCACCCACGGCAUCACAUUCCGACUCUCACAACCAAAAUACGUGCACAGAAAAGAUAAAAAGGUAACUAC